GAGAGAAUAUCGUGCUCUCUGCAGCCGUUCCCCAAAAAAAAUUAUGAUUUGUUGAGAAAUCCAUAUCUCCUAGGUCCCAAUCUAACUUCAAUUUCUCUCUCUCUUUCUCUUUGCCAUGGAUGGACCGGUCGAAACGGAAGGGGUAAACGGCAUCGACCAUCGCCAGAAGAAAGUUGCUCGCCGGAAGGAGACUCUCUACGACGUGCUUCAUCUUAUGCUAGGAAGGAUCUUCUUCCAGGAUUCCGAUGUUUCAGCACCGCUAGUGCAGCGGAUCAAGAACUCUUUAUCGGAGAAUGGUCCUCUUCUUAGGGACGCUACUACAAACACUGGCCGGAAAGUUCUCCUGUGGACUCGCAGAGGCAGCCCUCUGCGGUUACUUCUCGUAAUUUCUGUUGGGACUAUCACUCUUCUAACCUUGACAGGACUGCUUGUGUUUAUGCUUUUCUUUCUGGCAGCCACUGUCAAUGCAAUUGUCGUCUCUCUUCUCAUUUCCUUGGCAGCUGUAGGAGGCUUCUUGGCCUUUUUCUUUGCUUGCGUAACAGCUAUAUAUAUUGGGGCCUUAUCGGUUGCUAUAUUUGUCAUUUCCACAGCAACAAUUUCAGCAAUUAUAGCUGUUCUUGUAGCUACAGGUUGGAUUGGAUUUUUCUGGACUGUCUGGUUGGUGACAAAGAAAAGUGUGGGCGUAGCUAAGCGCUCGCUGAGGAUGACUGGAUCAGCAAUUUCAGCUUACUCUUCUGGUCGGCAUGUGAAGCGCUUUCAGGAUCCAGACAAGGUGUCGGAUUGACCCAUGAUGCAAUGAAGUCUGUAUGUGGAUAUCCUUGUUUGGCUGGACAUUUACACGUCCUUUUGGCCUUUAACGACUUCCUCAAGCCUCAUCACUGCUAUGAUAGUUUUGUUGGUGCAAUCUAGUACCGCAGUUCGAAAGCACAUGUGAUGGGCAUUGCGAUGUCAGAUAUAUGCUUAUUCGAAGUUCAAACUCUGUAUUUGUGUAAUUAUAAGAUGCAGCUGUGAAGGAUUUCAUUAGUGUAAUGUAAUGAAAUGAGUGUAUAGUUUUUUUUUCCCUUC